AUGUCGCUGAAUGGUUUCUGUCCCUCUCCUUUCCUACAGGAGUCACUAUUCCCUUCCACCGGUGGAUUUACCGACGGUCGAUACUGCGAGACUGUCCAGAAUAUCACCUGCUGCUUGCCAUGCCCGCUCGCCGACUGGCGAUAUGCCGAUAAUACUGCGAAAAAGGUCGAUGUCGCCAGUUGGAUCAGUGUCGCCAUUCUCCCUCUUUGUGUCUUCCUUCUCGUCUCUUAUGCCGUUCUUCCCGUCAAAUGGACGAAUCGUCACUAUCUGAGUAUCUGCUUCACGCUGGGUAUUUGCUGCAUGGAGAUUGCCUUCAUUAUUCCCCUCGGCGCCAAACCCAAGCAAUGCUACAACGCAAUCACCCCCAAUGACAUGUACACCGACCUCUCCUGCGCCUUUUCAGGCGCAUUCCUUCUCUUCGGCGGCUGGCUAGUCUAUGCUGGGAAUUCGUCCUCGGCCCCAAAUUCAUGUGGGGGGGCCUUCCUCUGCGGCUUCGGCAUCCCCGCCAUCGGACUCACCAUCAUGAUGAUUAUAACAGGCGUCUCCUUCCGCUUCGGCGAAAUCUGCCACAUUAAUAUCAAACACGGCCAGCAGGACUACUGGUAUCCACUAAUCGCCUUCAGCGCCGCAGCCCUGAUCCUCCAACUUGCCACUAUGGCCUACUGCAUGCACAUCUACCUGCGCUCGCUCUUCGACAAAUCCGCCUCAACAACGGACAACAGCUCCGGCAUCCCAUCAUACACAUCCAGCGUGCGCACGCAAACCGCCCGCCAAGCGUACCGCCGCGUCAAGCGCGUCCUCCAACUCCAAUGGCGCGGCGUCGCGCUCGUCCUAAUCAUAAUCGGAAACGUAAUCUUCUUUGCAGUCGUCUUCAUCGACCUAGACCGCGAAGUCGAGCCCACACCCGCGAACAUGAAAAAGGCCCUCCCCUGGCUAACGUGCCUAAUGGAGACCGGCGGCAACAAGAACAAAUGCAUCCACUACGCCUCCUCCCUCGGCCCCAACGAAGCAACCCUUCUCGCAGUAGUGUAUCUACUCUCCCUCGUCGGCUUCUGGAACUUCAUCCUCUUCGCCCGACCCAGCAUGUUCUCCGGUUGGCUCGAUCUCUGCCGACGAGGUUUCAAUCGACGCACGGAUUUCGUCUCCGCAGACGCAGACCGCUACGAUAGCAAGGGCUUCGAAAUGCUCACCACGACCUCCGUCAAGAGCCCCGAGAAUCCUUACCAGCCCGCGUAUAAUAUGCGGUCGCCCAGCCCCGCCCAAAUGAUGGGCCACCACCAGAGUUACGGCUCCGCCCACGGCUAUGGCCACGGCCACAACCGGAGCUCCGUCACAAGCCCGGCAUUUGAUCGCCGUGAGGACGGGGAUGAGCAUGACCGGAACGUGCAUUUCGGGCAAGAGGCGCGGUAUGUGCGUCCUUCUAUGAGUUUCAGCGGUCCCCGACCGCCUAGUUCGUCUGCUGGGGGUCGUGAUUGGGAUCCUUCGACUACAUUUGCGAGGGGAUAUGCACGAUAG